AUGCCGGAUUCUGUCUUCGAUAAAGAGUCGUCGUUUGAGUUUCUCAACGACUCGGAUGCGUCUGAUCGUGAGCUGGAGCAAGUUGUUCAAGGAGUAGAGCAAGACAUCCAACCAGAAACACAUACUCAAUCCGAGGUUCGCAAACGUACUUCUCAAGUAAGCACUGCUCCAUCUCGUGUGAUUGCUCCAGCGAAACCACCAUCGACCGCUACUAACAGAAUUAAAGGAAUCCUUUUUUUUCUAAUUCUGAUUCUACUCUGUGUAGUUUCCAUCGCACAUUUGUGCUCGCUCAUUAAAGAUCUCAAACAACAACAAGACCUCCGCAACAGCAAGAUCUUAGCAAAAAAACUUCAGGAAGACCAGAUCAUCGAAGAACUGGGGAACGUUAAGAGAGACUUGCAGAAUGUGAUCGACAGAGCCGAUAUGAAAGACCGAAAAGAUAAUUUCAACAAGAUCAAAUGUUUGGAGGAUAUCCCCGAAGAAUUGAUGAGCAAAUGGACACCGGAUGAGUGGGAAUCCCGAGGAGUCAAGCAAUUCAUACUCGACAAUAACUUUGAUGAAGAUGUUCACUGGUUCCUGCGCAAGGCUCGUCCACUUUUCACAAAAUCAUCUAAAGAUUAUCAAAUGCAAUUUCAAUGGGUAAAGGAGGAACUUACUUUAAAUUCUAUUUUGCUGGAAGGACCAUGUGUCUACACCGCUAAGGAUGGCAGUACGAAGGUGUUUGUGAAGGAAGGACUGUUGUAUGUCAAAUCAAAGUAUUCUUACAAGAAGGAAAAGAAAGAAUUCACACUGGUCUACAGUAUUCCAAAGGAGUAUCAAUGA